AUGGUCAAACUAAUGGCCGGAAAGAAGAUAUACGACGAAGAGGCUGAGAUGACUGAGAGGGCGACAUACGUCCCCGAUCCAAUCUUUUUGCCUCCCUCUCAAGAUCUUGCGCCUUUACGUCGACUUUCGCAACAAAGCAACCCGCCGAGAUUCGAGUCCCAAACCGGAAGGGCCAGGCGAAACGAGGCAGAAGCUGAUGCACGGAAGAUGCUCGACGACCACCGAUGCAUCCUUACUAAGCAGAGCUUCCCGCACGCCUGUCAUAUUGUUGGCUACAAUAUGCUCUCGCUCAACCCAACACUACAUGACUGGUGGUCGCGGGGUUGCUUCGGCCUCAAGUGGAUUGGGCUGGCUGCUCCUCCUCGUUCCGCCGACCCAGAGGAAAUCCAGACCGUCCUUCUUCCGUUCGAGUGGUUGAUGUGGAGAGCAAGACUCGUCGGUGAAAGAAAGCCGUCGGUGAAAGAAAGCCAGCAGGGCAGCUAG